GGAACAAUGAAAGGAAGACUGCUCCAUCUUCUUCUCCUUCAUUUUCCCUUCCCGUCGUCCUCUCGAGGCAUCGCUCGCGCCGUCCACCUUUUUUUCUCAGUAGGAUUGUUCCACCGAUAGCAGGACAACUGGCGACUGAAAUGGGCGAAUGGGAUCUGCUGGGCCGCCUGCUGGACAAAGUGCAGACCCACUCCACGGUGAUCGGCAAGGUCUGGCUCACCGUGCUGUUCGUCUUCCGCAUCCUGGUCCUGCGCGCCGGCGCUGAGAAGGUGUGGGGCGAUGAGCAGUCUGACUUUGUCUGCAACACUCAGCAGCCCGGCUGCGAGAACGUCUGCUAUGACCUCGCCUUCCCCAUCUCCCACGUCCGCUUUUGGGUCCUUCAGAUCAUCGCCAUUGCGACUCCGAAGCUGCUCUAUCUCGGUCACGUGCUUCACGUGAUCCACAUUGAGAAGAAGGUGAAGGAGAGGUUGAAGAAACAGGCAGAGUUGGAUGACCGAGGCACUCUGUUCCUCAGUAAGGCCUACAAAGUGCCCAAGUACACUAAGAGCACUGGCAAGAUCAGCAUCCGAGGUCACCUCCUCCGCAGUUACGUCCUCCACCUUGUGGCCAAGAUAGUUCUGGAGGUUGUGUUCAUUGCGGGCCAGUACUUUCUCUACGGUUUCACCCUCCAGACUCGCUACGUCUGCACCCGCUUCCCCUGCCCGCACAAGGUGGACUGCUUCCUGUCCAGGCCCACGGAGAAGUCGGUCAUCAUCUGGUUCAUGCUGGUGGCGACGUUUGUGUCCCUCUUCCUCAGCGUGGUCGAGCUGCUCUAUCUGUGCGUGAAGGCCGUGAAGGAGUGCAUGGCGCGGAGGCAGGACUACACCGUGACCCCGGUGACGCCCCCGUUUUCGGGAAGGAAAGCCUUCAAGGGCGGGGACGAGACGAUCCAGAACUGUGUCAACCUGGAGCUGGAGCUGCAGGGACAAAUUGCGGGGGGGAACGGGGUCAAAGGUGGCUUGGGCAAGGUUGUUAAGACUGUACCAUCUGAGGACGACAUGGGGGAGGUCCACAUCUGAGAGCGAGGAGUGAUAAGCGAUACGUUGUAGGUCGUUCCAGUAUUUGUGUGCUUGGCUUCGGAGAGUACAGGGGGUGUGUGUGUGCGAAGUAAAUAAAAUUGGUGGGGGUUUGUGUGUGCCAGCUUCAGUACACAGGCCUCUGUCACACGCACAAUGUGGUUUUUAAAUGGCUUCAAGUAACCCAUGUGACAUAAUAACAAAAACAAAAACAAAAAAAAUCAUUUUAAAAUACUGUUCCGACUUAUAUUUUCGAGUGACUUGAUUAUUUUGGAUAGAUUUGGUUUUGGGUUCUAUUUUUGGAAUGAUUUAAGACAAUGUAGUUUUGAUUCAGUAAACUUCUCCUUUUCAGAAUCUGAUUGUAAUGAAAUUGUCCUGUUCUUAUUGUUUUGUCUUGUUUGCCCUGAACAUUGUUGGGGGAUGUUGCCCUGCAGUAAUAAACAAGGU